AUGUGUGCGCAAACUUCUCAAAACACUAGGAAAGCAAAAACUCCUGUAUUGUCAUCAUUAACUACUAAAAAGGAGAUCCCAUUGUUUACUGCAACUAGAAGGGGAAUAGAAAAGAUUGUGGAGCUGAUAAUAAGGCUACAUCCUCAUGCAAUUGACCAGCGCGAUGAAAUGAAUCGGAGCAUUUUGGAUGCGGCCGUCAUGUAUUGCCAGGAAAAAAUCUUCGAUAUUGUGAAGGAAAAGAAAAUACCAUUGGCUAGAAUGCGUCGAGUUGUUGAUAUUAGCGGCAACACAUUGUUGCACCAUGUUGCAGAUAUGCAGAAAAACAGUGGAGUAACCAAGCCUGGGCCUGCACUCCAACUUCAGGAGGAGUUGAAAUGGUUUGAGAGAGUACUUCGAAAUAGCGCCAAGGAGAAACUGAAAAAGGCACAAAUAUGGAUCAAGGAAACAUCUCAGUCUUGUUCCACAGUAGCUGCACUUGUUGCAACUGUUGUCUUUGGUGCUGCCUAUACUGUGCCCGGAGGUUCUGAUGAAAAAGGCAAGCCCAUCUUCAUCAACUCUCCCUAUUUUCUGAUUUUCACUGUCUCUGAUGUUGUCUCCUUAGCAAGCUCCUUGACUUCGCUUGUGGUGUUUCUCUCUUUGUUGACCUCUCCAUUUGAGCUACAAGAAUUUCACAUCUCUCUUCGUCGAAAACUUAUUGUUGGCUUCUCCUUCCUCUUCUUUUCUGUGUUAACGACCAUGCUAUCCUUUGGCGCAACAAUUUUGAUACUCAUUCAGACAGAGAGGAGGUUGACAACAUUACUCCUUUCUAUUGCGUCAUUCCUUCCUGUCUUAAUAUUUGGAAUAUUGCAAUUCCGUCUGUACGUCUCCUUUAUGGGCUCUACAUUCAACAUUCUCAAGAAAAACUGGAAAGCUCAUCCAUCGUUCCUUGUCCCUUGCCUACCAUGUAGGGAGACUAAAGUGGCAUAG